AUGAAAAGCUCCUUGGUUCUCCUUACUCUCGCGGCGACCAGUGCUGUCGUUGCGCAAGACGGCUUGACGAUUGAGGUAAUUCGAUCUGUUUAUUGUACCAGGAAGACCAAGAAUGGAGAUCUGAUUUCGGUCAAUUAUAACGGGACGCUCACAGAUGGAACUUUGUUCGAUUCAAGCUAUGCAGGCAGCGCUCCUGAACCAUUCGCCUUCACGAUUGGCGCCGGAGAAGUCAUUAAAGGAUGGGAGUUGGGUCUUUUAGACAUGUGCAUUGGUGACCAAAGAAAGUUGACUUUGCCACCUGCAUUUGGCUAUGGAGACCACACUGUUGGACCAAUUCCAGCUAACUCAACAUUGAUAUUUUACACGGAGUUGAUGGCGAUUGGUGGUGGAGCUCGACCUUCGAAAUAG